CCCCAUAGUAACUAAAGUUUUCAUUUAUUUACGCUUAUUUCUUAUGUAAAACCUGAAAUUUUGACAAAUUUAACGCUGUAAGGUUCUGAAAAUGGGUUCAGAAUCUCUUCUUCUGAGGGUUCCUGAGAUGAAAAAACGCUUCCUUGAACUGUGCCACAAAUAUGAAGCUUAUAAAUACGGAGACUUUGUUCUUAGAUCUGGACUCAAAUCCAAUAUAUUCUUCAACUCUGGAGUUCUUACAGACUGCGAAUCUUUCGAUUUAAUGACUGAUUUAAUGAUCGCGAAGUUGCUGGAAUCCAACGUAGAAUUUGACGCCUUUCACGGCUGCCCAUACAAGGCUAUCCCUCUUGUUUCAACACUAUGUUUAAAGUACUACAAAUUAACUGGCAAGAAGGUGUACUUUGGAUAUCACCGGAAAGAAGUUAAAGAUCACGGCGAAGGUAAACUUUUCGUAGGCUCACCUAAGGUGUUUGGAGAAAAUUCAAGACUAGUUGUUGUAGAUGAUAUUUUGACCAAGGGUACUUCAGUUUCCGAGAGUCUUUCUCUCCUCAAAAACACACCUGCCAAAGUUGUUUGUGUCCUAAUUCUACUCAAUCGGGAGCCUAACUACGGCGAAUUUGCUAAGAAACUUGAUGACAUGGGAGUCAAGUUCCUAGAGGUCAUGAAACUCGAUGACCUCCUGGACCCUAAAAUGUACUAUACUCAGUAAUGUGAAUGUAAAUUA